CUGGACAAGCGCGACAACGACACACCGUUUUUUUCCCCCUCGCAACCUUUACGCAGAAAAACUCUAUAUUAAUUAGAUUACUCGCCGCACACCGCGAGUAAACUGACCCGGGAGGUGCACGCCGACUUUUACGCAUUGGAAAUUAUCAGAGGAAUUUCUUUUCUGGGUGGUUUUCUUGAGAUAUCCGGGACCGGAAAAGAGCCGCUUUCGUUCACCCUCACCUCCACCACCACCACCUCCUCCCCAGACAGCUGGUUUGCGGAUCCCCCCUUAUUGCACUUGAAGUUGAGAGAGCCGGCUGAGAUGAGCGGUCCAGAGGUGGCCAAGACACCGGGAGGCGGAGCUCCAGGAAAGGAAGGGAAGGAGCCGGUGGCCAACGGGCACGCGGGAGAGGGCAGCGACGCCAACCCGUUCGCCGAGUACAUGUGGAUGGAGAACGAGGAGGAAUAUAACAGACAGGUGGAAGAGGAGCUUCUGGAGCAGGAGUUCUUGGAGCGCUGCUUCCAGGAAAUGCUGGAGGAGGAGGACCAGGAUUGGUUCAUCCCUUCGCGUGACCUCAACAACCAGGGUGUGGGUCAGCUGCAGCAGCAGCUCAACGGCCUGUCCGUCAGCGACCACCACAACAACCUGGAGGAGGUGGCGAGGAAGAGCAUUUUGAAUCCUGAAGCGAAGGAGUUCGUGCCGGGGAAGAAAUACUAGGAGUCCCCCUCACCCCCAUGGAGCCUCCACACGCGCACACACACACACAAACACACACAAACACACAUGUUCUCAGAGACUCUGGCGGCCGUGGUCGCACACACACUGAUAACCAGCACACACACACACACACGCAUGCACACCGACACACUUGAAGUCAGCGGCGUGCCGGCAGGUCCAGUCGGGGGGUGGGGGGAUUUCUUUUUUCUUUCUUUCCUUCUUUCUUUUUCUUUUUUGUUUCUUUAAUCUUUUUAUUUCCUGUUUGUUUCUUGUAAACUGAGGGACAUUGGGAACAGGGGUGGGGGAGGGGUUGUAUUUACCAGCACCGCCCGUGUAUCGCAGGGCGAACAAGCUCAUCAUCGCAUUUCAAAAAAAAAAACGAGGCCGGGUGACGUUUUUACAGAGCGACGCAGGAUCUCACUGUCGAGUCCCCUCGGAUUUUUUAAGGCAGCUACACACGAGCGACGCCAGGACAAAACUUUCAAAUUAAAAAAAAAAAAAAAGGUCUAAAAGAUUUCUGUCCAUUUUUUUUGGAAAGGGGAGGGGGGGGCGUAAAAUCAAAUUGCCAGUUAGUUGGAGGGUUUCUACGACGGGAGAGUUUCGAGGAGGACAAACAUUUCAGGGGGACGCGAAUGUGGUUUAUUUCUGCCGCCGCUCUGUAAAGUCACCCGUCGGUCCGACGACCCCGUCGAUGUCUUAAGCUACUACCUUUGACGUCCUUUUAAAAGAUGCGGGUUAUUUGUAUCGCGCGGCGGCUCCGGUCCAAACCAAGUACUGACCCCCGAACCCACCCACCCACCACGCAAAGUUCGACUAAAGCGAUCGGCAAACGGACGCGGGCGUAAUCAUGGAUGCGAAAUUUAUUAUUUUUCCAGUUUGUGUGGAAGUCCAUGUUUGUCUGUCGUCCGGGUGUUUUAAAAAGAGCAGAGGUGGCUCAUGUCCCAGUUGUGCUUCAGGUAUGAAUAAAAUAUGAGUUGCAGGAAGGUCAAAGCUUUUUUUUUUUUUUUUUUUUUUCUUUUCCUUAAUUCUCACAUGAAAUGAAUAUUUCGACCUCGUUACAGGCGUCAGUAUUUGGUCUGGUGCGACGGCCGCUGCCUCUUUCUCUGCCGGAGCGACUUGGUUUGUUUCAGCGUCAGAUCAAGUGUCCAUAUCCAAAAAAAAAAAACAAAAACAAAAACAAAAAAUCAGGUUUUUCAAAUAGCCUCUCCUCCUCUUUUUUUCUUCAUUUUCUUCAUGUUUUUUUUUUUUUGAGGACGAGGCGUUUUGUGUCUCUACUGGGUAUAGUAGCCUGUGGUGUCCAUUUAGUCCCGUUUGUGGGAGGAGACGGUUGAGGGGAGGUGUUGUCUGUUGUCACGGCCCUUGAGAAAUAAAGCAGUACGGAGCAUGUGUCGGACAAUAUUGCCUCUUUUUGCUGUUCUUCUCCUCCUCGUCCUGUCCAAAGGACACAGAUGGACUUUUUUUUUUGUUUUUUCUGUUGAGGAAGUUCUACUUUUAAACCGUAAAAUCUCUGUUGUGGACUGAGUUUCAACAAAGCAUCUCCCUCCUAGAGUUAAAGUCUGUUAAGAAGGAAAAAAUCUGUAUGCGAAGAUGCUUUUGAGGAAAUCCAGACACAUUUAUCAGUGCAGACAACAAAUUAUUUUAUUUUUUUUGUCUUUUUUUUUUUUUUUUUUAGGUCAUCUUGGCUUGAAAAUGUCAGAGGCAGUAUUGUCAAAUCUUCAGGCCACUGUUCAUUUGUGGUAUUAACAGUCAUAAUAAAGUCUUGUGUAUUUUACUCUUUAAGUGUUAUGCACUGAACAGGUAGCACUUGUGUCCACCUUUUGCAGUUUUUCUCAGUGUAUCCUCCGAACCGGUUAAAAAAAACAAACAACAAAAAAAAAAAUCCCGGUUUAAUCGGGGAACUUCCUCACAACAGUGUUGGACCACAGCUGUCGUAAAAUGGCGCCCUGGUGAAGCCAAUAGGAAUGUCCGCCAGGUGGAUUGUACAUGAAAUCAUUUUUGGUGAUUUGAGUUAGAAGACAGAAGCAGUUUAAAAAAAAAAAAAAAAAAGAAUAAUAAGAAAAGAAAAAAAGGUUCAGAAGACACAGAGUAUCAAUUUCAAUACAAAUAAAAAUAAUGAAAAAAGAUGAAUAAAGAUGCUAAAGACAAAA